AUGAUGCAGCGCCUUGCCACAGCACGUUUCAUUCCUGUCUCCACGUCUCUUUAUUUCUCACGCCGUGCCGUCAGUGACGAAGAGGGCGGUGAGAAGAAGCGGAAGGUGAAUCUUGACGAUGAUGACCGCUGGCUUGAGGCGGAGUUUGACGAGAAAAUCCGGACUCCAGAAGAGCGCUACGCCUUUCAACGGCAACGUGAACUGAUGAAGUCCAUCAUUAACAAGAUGCGCAAUGAACAUGAUGAGAAGCUUGGAGCCGCUGUGGCGAAGCACAACGAGAAGAUUGAUGCCAUUAAAGCUCAAAUGGCUUCACUGGAAGAAAAACUGAAGGAAAUUGGCAAAGAAGAUUAG